AUGGCGCUAGUUUUUUCUCGCAACUAUACCGUAUUAAUAUUACUAUCGAUUUUCUUAUUCGUCUCGUUAGAUAUCAAUGGCGUGGAAUCAACCCACCGAGUUUUUCUAGAAUUUCAAUCUGUUCCUGCUGUAAAUGUCAAGCUAGUUCACAAACCUGCUUACCAUUUUCAACCUAAGAAGCAUUGGAUCAACGAUCCUAAUGGACCAAUGUUCUACAAAGGCUAUUACCAUCUUUUCUAUCAGUACAAUCCCCAAGGUGCUGUCUGGGGGAACAUUGUAUGGGCUCACUCUGUUUCAAAGGACUUGAUCAAUUGGCUUGCACUCGAAACAGCAAUUUCCCCUUCGAAGCCCUUUGACAAAUACGGAUGCUGGUCAGGAUCAGCCACAAUUCUUCCUGGUAACAAACCUAUCAUACUCUACACUGGUAUAGUAUCCCCUGAACCUGAGUCCACCCAAGUCCAAAACUAUGCUGUUCCUGCUAAUUAUUCCGAUCCAUUUCUUCGUGAAUGGAUAAAACCGGACAACAAUCCAUUGGUUACAGCCCAUAGUGAGAACUCGUCUGCCUUUCGUGAUCCUACUACUGCAUGGUUUGAUGGUGGCCACUGGAAAAUGCUGGUAGGUAGCAGGAGAAAACAUAGAGGAAUGGCCUAUUUGUAUCGAAGCAGAGAUUUCAUGAAUUGGGCAAAGUCCCCACAUCCUUUGCAUUCUAAGGCCAACACAGGAAUGUGGGAAUGUCCUGAUUUUUAUCCAGUGGCUCAAGAAAGCACGAAAGGGCUGGAUACGUCUGAAAGAGGGGAGAAUAUUAAGCAUGUGUUGAAGGUUAGUCUGGAUGAAACUAGAUAUGAGUACUACACGAUUGGAACGUAUGAUCGUGUCAAGGAUAGGUAUGUUCCGGAUAAUACAUCAGUUGAUGGUUGGGCAGGAUUGAGAUAUGAUUAUGGUAACUUUUAUGCUUCAAAAACUUUCUUUGAUCCUCUCAAGAAUCGAAGAAUUUUGUGGGGUUGGGCUAAUGAGUCUGAUACUCGGGAUGAUGAUGUUAAAAAGGGUUGGGCUGGAGUUCAGCUAAUUCCGAGGACAGUUUUGCUGGAUCCAAGUGGAAGGCAACUGAUCCAGUGGCCAAUCGAAGAACUAGAACAACUGCGCGGAGCAAGAGUACAGAUGGGAAAACAAAAAAUCAACGAGGGAGAUCAUGUCGAAGUAAAAGGAAUAACAGCUGCACAGGCAGAUGUUGAUGCAACGUUCUCAUUUGAGAGCUUAGAUAAAGCUGAGUCAUUCGAUCCUAAAUGGAUGAACUUAGACGCUCAAGACGUCUGCAACUUGAUGGGAUCAACUGUUAUUGGAGGUCUCGGACCAUUCGGGCUACUGACUUUGGCUUCAGAGAAGCUCGAAGAAUAUACUCCUGUCUUCUUUCGGAUAUUCAAGACUCAAGAGAAGCACAAAGUUCUGAUGUGUUCUGAUGCAAAACGGUCCUCUUUGGCUAAAGGAUUGUACAUGCCAUCAUUUGCAGGAUAUGUAGAUGUGGAUUUAACUGACAAUAAGAUUUCACUCAGAAGUCUGAUUGACAAUUCAGUGGUGGAAAGUUUUGGGGCUCGAGGAAAAACAUGCAUAUCAUCCAGGGUUUAUCCAACACUAGCAAUUUCUAAGAAUGCUCAUUUAUUUGUAUUCAACAAUGGAACAGAGCCCAUCACUGUAGAUAGCUUGGAUGCUUGGAGCAUGAACCCUCCUUCAAAGAUGAACUAAGAUGUAAUUUAGUAGAAACUAUAAGAUUUAUUUUUAUUAUUAUACUUAUAGCGUAGCAGGGUAUAUAUGAUAACCUUUUUUAGCAUUUGAA